AUGCCACCAGCGCCGACACUGCAAGGUGACAACGGCAUCGUCCUCUCAGCGCUGCACCAGAGCGACCUGGGCUCCCUACACGAGCUGUACGCAGCAAACGAAAGCAGCCUGAACAUUCCCUCGCCGUACACUGCCGCCGACGCAAAAGCGACCCUCGACUCGGCGUCGAGCGAGGGAACGUACUUCUGGGCGAUCCGAUCAGACAACAAGCUAGUCGGGACCGUCGCGCUGCGGUUCACGCCGGGCGCCAUCACCGCCGACCUAGGCGGCAUCGUGCUCGCCUCAACUCACCGCGGCACGGGGCUAGCGACGGCUGCGGCCCGACUGGCGCUCGCCCACGCGUGGGACGUAGGCUUUGAUGCUGUCGAGUGGGAGUGCCUUGCGGACAAUAGGCACAGUGUGGCCCUUGCCCAGAGGCUGGGGUUUGGAUUCUACAGGGAGGGCGUGAGCUCGUCCUCGCUGGAACGAUAUCGCGGUGUGCCGGCCGUGUGGGGCGUGCUGAGGCGGCCGUCUGGCAGCGGGGAACGGUAG